AUGAUCCCCGGGGCUCCUGGCCCAGCCCCACCCCGGAUAGGCACAGCAGACCCCCGACGGAGCACAAAGCGGGCCGGACCGGCAGCUCCGCAGGAGAACUGGGCUGGUCCCGGUCCCGUUGUGACGCGCCCGGGGUCUCCGAGCAUCGUGAGGGGCCGGGAGGGCGGCAACAUGGCGCUGAGGGCGGAUGGCGGGGCGGGGAGCCCGGCCCUGCGCCUGCCUCUGCUGCUGGCCUGGCUGACGGCGGCCUUGAUGAACGGCAGAAGCGCGAAGGCGGCGGAGGUCACGGCCGGGAGUGCCGAACAGGGUCUGAAUGCCAGUGUGUCCACGGAGCUACAAUUUGGAGCAUGCACAGUUACAUGUGGGAUUGGCUUUCGAGAAGUCCUGUUAACCAGUGGAUGCCCUGGGUCUGAAGCAAAAUGUAUUUUUCGUGUGGAGGAAUGCCGAGGGCAAGUAGACUGUGGAUGGGGAAUACCAAUUCCUGAGGGCCAUGACUGCAUGAAGAUGCUUUGUAUUUCUAUACCUUCUGAAAAUCGAUUUAAAUAUGUUUGGAAGAUGUUCACUUCAAGGAAGACAUCACACAUCCUUCCCCAUGAUUCAGCUGUUAUGGAAGUUUGCAGAGAUACCCAUUCAGUUGCUUUCCAGUGUGAAACUCAGGAAAAUGGAACUAUCAUUGCCUCUGUAAAAUACAAAAUCUGCGCGAGAACUGAAACACAAAGAGGAAAAUCAAGGAGAACAGAAGAAGAACAAUCAAAUAAAACAAAGAUAGAUGCCACUCUGGUCGUACUGUUCAUAACUGGAGUCAUUGUGAUUGUUGGUUUGAUCUUUGCCAUGAUCUUUCUGAUUGUUCGCUUCUGGGCUUUUGGGAAAUCCGUUUGGCAAUCAAAAUUCGGGCGGGACAGCCAAUACAGGAAGCUGUCCAAUGAAGGUUCACUGCCCAACGUGGAAUAA